CACCAACCUUCGUUAAUAAUGACACCCACCUGUUACGUUGCUAUAUUAUUAGUAACCCAACUUCAAUAAAUUAAGUUUGAUCUAACUUGUUUCUUUCUUGAGAUAAGUAGCUAAUUAAUAAAUAGUCUGUCAAAACAAAAAAACAAAGCUAAUAAAUAGAGCCUAGCUAUUUCUCUGGGCAAAACUAAGACGAAAAAAAAUGGUGUCAUCGCUUCAGUGGAGUAGAGUUGUUCCAGCAGUAUCAAUGAAAGCAUGGAGCACUGCAGGGAAACGAAGUGUAGAGGGGCCAAAUGCUUCUUCUCCAGCCCUUGGAAUUCGUAAAAAGGCGUGUUUGGCAGUUGGAGCAGUGAUGAUGCCGAAACACGUGGGUAUUAUAAUGGACGGAAGUGGAAGGUGGGCUCAAAAUAGGAACUUGCCCAUCCGAGAUGGCCACAGAGCCAGUUCGCAGAAUCUCACAGGCCUCAUUUCCAGCUGCUGUGAGCUCGGAAUCAACACUCUAACGAUCUUCACUUUCUCCAAGGACAAUUGGAAACGAUCACAAAUGGAAGUUGACAUCCUGAUGAGAGUUUUUGAAGAUUACAUACAAACACAUUUGAUGCAACUCGUAGCAAGAUAUGAUAUACAAUUUGCCGCGAUCGGGAAUAAAUCAAUAUUGCCGAAAUCUCUUCAAAAUACAAUAUCUUGGGCCGAGGAAAUAAGCAAAGGUAACAAAGGAAUGAAUGUGGUAAUGGCGGUGAGCUACAGCGGUCGCGACGACGUCGUAGAGGCAACCAAAAACAUCGCGACCAAAGUAGAACUUGGAAUUAUACGAGUCACAGACAUCGACGAAAUUAUGUUUGAACAAGAACUUAUGACAAACAUCCUUGAAUUUCCAAACCCAGAUUUACUAAUAAGGACAAGCGGUGAGCUCAGAAUUAGCAACUUUCUUUUAUGGCAAUUGGCCUAUACAGAAUUUUACUUCGUAGAUAAAUUAUUUCCUGAUUUUAGUGAAGAUGAUCUCCAUGAAGCAUUUGCUUCUUACCAGUGCAGGGAGAGGCGCUAUGGUGAACGGAGGAAUUAAUUUCAAUGUGAUUUUAGUAAAUUAUCGGGUGGUUGGGACGUUCUUUGCUUCUUUUUACAACCUUGGGUGCGCUCGGGGUUGGGAGGCUUUGAGUCGGGUCUCUUUGGAUACUCUGCGACAUUGUUCUUCACCGGCGUUGAGUUACUUUUAUACUUUUUGGUUUUGCUUUUGCUUUUGCGCUGAUCUUCAUAUGUUUUUUUUCUGAUUUUUCUUUGAGCUUUUGAUGGGCGUUGGGCUGCCAUUUGCUCUUUGUUUUGCUCUUGUCGGUCUGGUUUAGGGCCGGGGUGGAGCCGAGAUGGUUUUAGGACGAUGGUUAGGCCGGAGUUCUGGAAACUUUCCUUUUCGCUCUUCCCCUAUUUUUGGUUUGUUUUUUUCUCGUCGGUUAGACGAUCACUUUUUUUCCUUUUUACGGUUUUUCCCAUUGGAUUUUCCUUAAAAAGGUUUUAAUGAGGUUCGACCCUUAAUCUGCU